AAUCACAACUAAUAAAAAAAAAGAGUUCCUAUCUUUCAAAGAAACUAAUUAUCUAGAGAUGGCCCAAAUGAUGGAGAAGAGGAUCGAAGAUGACGUGAUGAUGAGCCCUGAUGGUGUUAAAAGAGCUUAUGUCACUUUCCUCGCCGGGAACAAAGACUACUGGAUGGGUGUUGUUGGUCUAGCCAAAGGACUUCGUAAAGUGAAAUCUGCUUAUCCUCUUGUGGUGGCUAUUCUUCCGGACGUGCCUGAGGAACACCGUCAAAUUUUGGUGGCUCAGGGAUGCAUCAUCCGUGAGAUCGAACCAGUCUAUCCACCAGAAAACAAAACCGGUUAUUCUAUGGCUUAUUACGUUAUCAACUACUCCAAGCUUCGUAUUUGGGAGUUUGUGGAGUAUGAGAAGAUGAUCUAUCUAGAUGGAGACAUUCAAGUAUUUAGUAACAUCGAUCAUCUUUUCGAUACUCCUCGUGGCUAUUUGUACGCCGUCAAAGAUUGUUUUUGCGAGAUUUCUUGGUCCAAAACUCCUCAAUACAAGAUCGGUUACUGCCAACAGUGUCCUGAAAAGGUGACGUGGCCUGUUGAAAGCCUUGGUUCUCCACCGCCGGCAUAUUUCAACGCCGGUAUGUUGGUUUUUGAACCAAAUCUCGUCACUUACGAGGAUCUCCUUCGUGUUGUUCAAAUCACCACUCCAACUUACUUUGCCGAACAGGAUUUUCUGAAUGAUUACUUUAGAGACAUUUACAAGCCAAUCCCUUCGACUUACAACCUCGUAAUGGCUAUGCUUUGGCGUCAUCCUGAACACGUUGACCUUGACCAAAUCAGUGUUGUUCAUUACUGUGCUAAUGGUUCGAAGCCUUGGAAAUUCGAUGAAGCUGAAGAGCAUAUGGAUCGUGAAGACAUAAAAAUGUUGGUGAAGAAAUGGUGGGACAUUUACGAAGAUUCGAGUUUAGAUUACAAGAACUUUGUCGAGACUGAGCCCAAGCUAAGUCCGAUCACAGCAACCUUGGCUUCCAAGGAAUCUGUUGGCGAUGUCCUUACGAGCCUUGCUCCCUCUGCCGCAUAACCAAUCCUCUAUGUGGAGACUAUAUUAUGGAACUUUCUUUUGUUUCUUUUUUUUGUUUUGUUUUAAUGAGAGGUUUAGCUAUAUAUAUAUAAUUUUAUCAUAAUUAUAUAUAGCAAUCUCGUUUGAGUUUGAUGUUUGUGAGAUUAGAGUGGUUGGUCUUGUGUUUGUGUUUGACUAUUGUGUCAAUGUCGACCUUGACCAUCCCUUUCCUUCUCUUUUUAAUCAAUAAUAAGAAUGUUG